CUCAGAUAUUUACUUUAUAAUGUAAUGAAAAAAUACCAAAAAAACUUUAAUUUAAAAUUAAAAAAUGAGAUACGAGCAUUUUUAACAUCUUAGAACACCUUGGAAGCAGAGAGGCUCUCCGAAGAGCAAUGGCCAGCAGCUCGGAUGAUAGCAGCGAUGAGAUCGAAGAGGACUUGAGUGAAAAUCGCCAAAUACUGAAAUCAAUUGACAGCUUUGAAGAUCUAUACAAAACCUACAGGCCAAAGGUUGCCCAGAAGUUGGACCAAAAUAGUGAAAAUAUCGAACCCAUAUAUACAUUAGAGGAGGACAAAUCCAAGCGCUUGAGUAGGCAUUUCUCAAAUUAUCGCAUAGCUUCGGGGCAGGGAAGUGGACAACAGCAGGGCACCGUCAUGGCUCAUCAGACCUAUAGCUUCAGUGAAUAUCCCAUCUGUAGAAACAGCUCGUGUGCACAGAUGGAGAAUGACGACAUGCCUCAGACCUCAGAGGGCUGCUAUUGGACCUCCGAUGCUGUAGGCCAUAGCCAGGCGCUGCCCGAAAGCGGUUCGCGAUCGGAGGACACUAUUGUCAACCGUCCAGGUGUGUGCGCAACAUCAUCAGUCGGAGAGGAGCAGUCGAAUACGUCGGCACAGUGCUGUUCCUUGGGUUCAUGCUGUUGCUGUCGCAUGCCAGAGCAGGGUAAUCCGGGACAGGAGCUGCCUUCGUCGGGUCCUAUGACCUUCGCGCCCUUUCCAUUCAUGCCCAUGGGCAUGCCCAUGUACUGCCAAGGAAACGGUGGGCCAGAAACGAAUGGGUUGUACGCCAUGCCAAAUCAAGGGCUAGCGAAUGGGUUGUAUGCCAUGCCAAAUGGGGGGCCAGCACCGAAUGGAGGGAUGUAUGCCAUGCCAGCUUCUGCUUCAGGAAAUGUCGGGAUGUAUGCCAUGCCAGCUUCUACUUCAGCGAAUGGAGGCAUGUAUGCCAUGCCAAACGGGGGGCCAGCACCGAAUGGAGGGAUGUAUGCCAUGCCAGCUUCUGCUUCAGGAAAUGUAGGGAUGUAUGCCAUGCCAGCAGCAGCAGCCGCCAUGGGAAUGGAUCAGGGCUCACAAGGAGAACGUGGUGUGGCAGGCCAGGCGACAAGCAUGGCUCAAAGUAAUGCUGACGUCAACAACUGCUAUCCUGCACAAUCGCCGAGUGCCUAUUCGGGCAUGUCCAAUGCUGCUCAGCCAUCAGCAUCCAUGGGCAGCUAUCCGGUAAUGCCCGGUGCUUACCAACCAUCGAUGGCUGGACCCAACGCAGAUCAGAACUCUCAGGGACCAGAUGCUGCUGCCGCCUACGAGUAUGUUCAAAAGUAUAACCAAAGUAUACAGCAGUACUUGGCCACGGCUCAGCAAAACGUUCAGCAGUCAUUGGCCCAGGCCCAGCAAGCCACUCCACAGGUGUUCAACAAUCUCCAGCAAGGUAUUCCAGGAGCUAUGGGAGCUCAACCAUAUUAUCCAGGCAAUCAAGAAGGUUUCACCAAUAGCUCAAUGGACCCACAGCAAUACUUCCCACAGGCAAUGUCGAUGUCGAUGCCGUCAAUGAAUCCCACAGCCCUCUUUGGAAUGAAUGCAGCCAGCAGCAGCAGCAGCGGCAGUGCCUUCUAUGCCUCCCAAGGCCUCUCUGCGGGCGGCGUCAUCAACGAUAGUCUGCAGACCCAAACGGUGUACUCUUCCGACUACAAACCCAUUGCUGCACAGGGCAAUAAUUUCAAUCACUUCCCCAAUGGCAUUGACAUUGGCUUGCCCCCCGAUUCCUGUCCGGGCUUUUGUACCUCUGGAUCUGGAGCUGGACCUAAUGCCGGUGUCCCGCCAGAAAUGUGCAGUCAGCUGUAUGGUAUGGGCAUGGGCACGGGCAUGGGCAUGGGAAUGGAUAUGGGGAACAACAACUCCUAUCCCCUCAGUCAAAUGAACUAUGCAAGUUAUCCCUGUGAGAUGCCGAUGCCUGGCACAACGGCUGCCGGUGGUUAUCCUCCGCAAUUCAUUAAUUCCAAAUAAAUUUGCAUUGGAAUUUUCUCCACAAAUAAUAUAGGAUAAUAGAAAAUUAUAUUUUUUCUUUGGAAACAAAUACAUAGUUAAUUUUAAAGACAAAUCUGUAUGACAUGCCGUCGGGGUACCAACAACUUACACAGCAACUAUUUCAUUUAAUAUAAGUAAUUCAAAAUCA